AUGGUUCGGCCUCCGCUGAGCUCUUUUCCUCCCUUGGGGGAGGAGGAAGAGGGGGCGGAGGAGGAGGAUGUAGAUGUGGAGACCAUCUCUUCCUCCGAGGAUAAUGUUCUCUCUUGCGCACAGCCGUCUGUGAGUGAGGUAACUAGGGGAGAGGUAGCCCAUCGUUUUGAGGAGGUAAUUAGCAGGGCCUCUAGGGCUCUGGGUGUUGCCCUUCCCGAGAACCCCAGGGCUACAUCCUCUCGGUUUGAAGAGGGUACGGAGGUGCGCCCUGCCUCUACCCAGGUGCCGCUCCUACCUGAUUUCAAGGAGCUGCUAUGCCAGCAGUUCCACACUCCAGCCACUGCCCACAAGUGGUCUGCAGCGUGUCGCCGGUUUUCCAACAUGCACGACAGGGACCAGAUUGCUUGUGGGACACUUCCCCCAGUGGACCGGGCCCUCACUCCAUUGGUGUCCCCCUCCAGCUCCAUACUUGGCAAUGCCACCUGCUCUAGUAAGAAUUGCAGGGUCAUGGAUAGCCUGCUCGCCAGGCUACAUAAAGCCAUGUCGGUGCAGACUCGGCUGGCAAAUACAGGCGCUAUAUUGUCCCUUUACCUCUGUGACUUGUCUCGGCAGGUUCAGGUUGACACCAGCGUCGGUGAGGAGCUGCAGAUGGCCUCCUCAUGCCUCUCCUCUGUGAUGAGGGAGCAGGCUGAGGCGGCAGGCAGUGCCUUAGCUUCCUUUUGGGUAGCUAGGCGCCACUUGUGGCUGUCUCAAUCCCAGCUGCAACAGGGUGAUAGAGACUGCCUGCUUAAAGUGCCGGUGGAACCCACAGCCAUGUUUGGCCCUCACGCCGCUGCCUUAUUGCAGCAGGCGCAGGAGAGCCGCCGCUGUGCUAAGGAGGUUUCGGUGGACCUUGUCAAGCGUGUCGCAGGCUCCGGGCCUAGACAGCCUCGCUCUCGGCCAGCACCAACUCCUGAGGCCUCGUCAUGGGGUCAAGGGGACCUCAGACUCCAGCUAGAGGCCUCCCGGCAGCAUAAGCGCCGCCGCCAGGGCAGGGGCAGAGGACUGACUGCUAAGGUUCCCCCGUCUGCUGCUCACAGGAGGGCCUGGUUGGCCCUGGAGGCCGACCCGUGGGUGGUUUCUACCAUGACCCACGGGUACCGCAUUCAGUUUUUGCGCCGACCGCCAGUUACAAGAACACCCAUGUUUACAACAGUGGCCGAUCCUCACCAGGAGGCGGUUCUGCAGGCAGAGCUGUCCGCUCUCCUGGAAAAAGGGGCCAUAAGGGAGGUGGCCUCAGGGGAUCAGCGGGCUGGGUUUUUCUCCCGCUACUUUCUGGCCCCGAAGAGGGACGGAGGGCUUCGCCCAAUUCUGGACCUCAGGGGGCUGAAUCAGUAUCUCCGGCCCCUGCGAUGCCGGAUAUUGACGGUCCCCAGGGUGAGACAGGCAAUCUCUGCAGGAGAUUGGUUCGCCACUAUAGACCUGAAGGAUGCCUACUUCCAGAUACCCAUCUGGAGGGGUCACUGGCGCUUCCUGCGGUUCGGCUUUGCCGGCAGGGUAUACGAGUUUCAGGUGCUGCCGUUCGGUAUUUCUCUGGCACCACGCACCUUCACUCGAUGUAUGGAUGCGGUUCUCUCCCCCCUGAGGCGCAAGGGCAUCAGAAUUUUGAACUACCUCGACGACUGGCUGGUUUGCGCAGUCUCAGAGGAGCAAUGCCGCCAACACGUAGCCCUGCUGUUGGACCACGUUGGGAGUUUAGGCCUGCACCUAAACUACAAGAAGAGAAGGCUCGAACCGGCCCAGGUGACCUCCUUCUUGGGUAUGGUCCUGGACUCGAAGAGCGGUACAGUUGCUUUGACCCAGGAGAGGCAGCUGGUCUUCAGGUCCUGUGUUGCCCUGUUCCGGCUGCGCGCUCUGGUCGACUGGGGUCUCUGCCUUCGCCUCAUGGGCCUAAUGGCAGCCAUGGUGCAGGUAGUCCCUCUCGCUCUCUUGCACAUGCGGCCUGUACAGAGGUGUCUGCUGAGCUUGGGUCUGUGCCCUCAGAGGUCCCACAAGACCAAAGUACUGGUCUCUCGGAGGCUCCACAGAGCCCUACGGUGGUGGAAGGUCCCCGCGAACAUCAGGGCGGGCCGCGAUCUGGGUCCAGUGAUCUAUCGCCAGCUGGUGUACACCGACGCAUCCCCGGCAGGGUGGGGCGCGGUACACGAAGGCUGUGGGGUCAACGGUGUCUGGACCGGCCGGUGGCACGGUCAGCACAUAAAUGUUCUGGAGCUGAGGGCGGCUCUUCUCGCUCUGCGUCAUUUCUUGCCGAGACUGAGGGGUCACCAUGUGAUUGUCCGCACCGACAGCACAGUGGCGGCCGCUUACAUCAACAGGCAGGGGGGGCUGGGCUCCCCGGUCCUGUGCAAGCUGGCUACAGUUCUCUGGCAGUGGGCUCACCCCCUCUUCCUCUCACUCAGAGCCGUGCAUGUGCCGGGGGUACUGAACUCCGCGGCGGACAUCAUGUCAAGAGGGGGCCCCCAGCCGGGGGAAUGGAGGCUCCAUCCGGAAGUGGUUUCCGAGAUAUGGCUUCGCCUCGGCAGGGCAGAGGUCGACCUGUUCGCGUCAAGGGAGUCGUCCCAUUGCCCGCUCUUUUCUCCUGCAUGAACGACGAUCCCCUUGGGCUGGGAUGCUCUGGCUCAUCCAUGGCCCAGGGUUCUGCUCUACGCCUUUCCCCCCUUCGCUCUUCUCCAGCCUCUUCUUCGAAGAGUUCUGGUGGAGCAUGUGCGGGUGAUAUUGGUGGCGCCUCUGUGGCCCCACAUGGCGUGGUUCUCAGCCAUUCCGCCUCUGCUGGAUGGGCCACCAUGGGAGCUCCCGCGCCGGAGGGACCUUCUCUCCCAGGCGAACGGAGCCCUGUUCCACCCCUUUCCAGCGGGGCUCAGGUUGGUGGCUUGGCCCCUGAGAGGGACAGGCUCCUGGCCUUAG